UGUGCGCGCGCGCGCGUGUCCCGCGGGGCCGCAGCGUCCCGCACAGGGUGGCGGCCGGUGCCCGUCCAUGGCCCGGCGCGGCGCCCGGCCCCCCGCAGCCGGCCCCGCGGAGCCAUGGGCAACGCCGUGCACAGGACCCCCGCAGACACGAGCCUACAGCCCCGCUUGGUGACCCGUCGAGCCAGCUUCCCCGCACCCGGCAGCGGCAGCCAUGAGCGGCGUUCGGGCCCGGAGGCCCCACGCUUCCACGCGCAGGCCAAAGGCAAGCACGUCCGCCUGGACCCCCAGGCCCGGAAGGCCACCCGGAGGAGCAGCUUCUGCCACGGGGUCACCUUCACCCACCGGCCCAUCGGCCUGUACGAGAAAGUGCGUCUGAGGCUGGUGUCCGUCCACCACGGCUGGAGCGGGGCCCUGCGCUUCGGCUUCACCGCCCACGACCCCGCGCAGAUGAGCUGCGAGGCCAUCCCUAAGUACGCCUGCCCGGACCUGGUGACCCGGCCGGGCUACUGGGCCAAGGCGCUGCCGGAGAGGUUUGCCCUCAGGGACAACGUCCUGGCCUACUGGGUCGAUCGCCAUGGGAGAGUCUUCUACAGCGUCAACGACGAGGACCCGAUGCUGUUCCACUGUGGAGUCAAGGUGUCUGGGCCCCUGUGGGGCCUCAUCGAUGUGUACGGAAUUACCCACGAAGUACAACUACUGGACACCAUGUUUGCUGAGGCCGUGACGUCCUCUCGUCUCAGUAACGCUCAGUUCAGCACUUGGCUCCCUCAAAGUAGCCACGACUCGGCCAACUUCAACAACAACGAACUGGAGAACAACCAGGUGGUAGCCAAAAUCGGCAACCUAAACCUGAGCCGGGGACCAGGCCAGCCCCCGGAGAACCCGGGGGGCCCCUGCUGUCCUGGCAGGCGCCCACGGGGGCAAGGAGUGCCGGCCCUCUUGGAGACCGACCUCCACUUCCAUCCCACGAGGGGUCCCGAUGUCACCUUCUCCCAAGACCGGAUGGCGGCCUGCACCAACUGGCAAGAGAGCAACAGGACGCUGGUAUUCUCCGACCGGCCCCUGCACAUCGGGGAAAGCCUGUUUGUGGAAGUUGGACACCUGGGACUGCCAUACUACGGGGCCCUGUCCUUUGGCAUCACUUCCUGCGACCCGGGGACCCUGAGGACCAGCGAACUCCCAGCCGACCCCGACGCGCUCCUCGACCGAAAGGAGUACUGGGUAGUUUACCGAGCCUUCCCGGUCCUCAGCAGUGGCGAUAUCCUCAAUUUCCUGGUGUUGCCCAACGGGGAGGUGCACCACGGGGUGAACGGCAGCAGCCGAGGGAUGCUGAUGUGUGUGGACACUUCCCAGGCUCUCUGGGUCUUCUUUACCAUCCACGGGGUCAUCAACCAGCUCAAGAUCUUGGGCACCCUCCAGUCCUGCCCGGUGGCUCUAUCUCCCUUGGGAUCGCCCGGCGGCUCGCCCGAGGACAGCGACUCGGACAUGGCCCUCAGCGUCAACAGGUCCUCUUCGGCUUCCGAGUCGUCUUUGGUAACAGCUCCCAGUUCUCCUCUGAGCGGCCCCGUCUCUCCGGGGUUCCUGCCUCCGGAGCCACCAGGCAGCGGCAGCAGCGGGGAGUGCACCGUCUGCUUCGACAGCGAGGUGGACACGGUCAUCUACACCUGCGGACACAUGUGCCUGUGCCACACCUGUGGGCUCAAGCUGCAGAAACAGAUCAGCGCCUGCUGCCCAAUCUGCCGUAGGCUCAUCAAGGACGUCAUUAAGAUCUACCGCCCUUAACCCCGGUGCCCGUGACCCGAGGCGGGAGGCCUCUGCUGGCGAUUGAGCUGGGCCGUUCCCCGAGGGCUUCCCUCGGUGGCUCGUUCGGUUGCCGGGAAAGUCUAGGCAGACUGAGGGGCCCUGGGGUCAGGGCCUCCUCGUUAGAUUGGGCUCCCCCCCGGAGUUACUACUGUUCUCGGGUGGCACCUGGAAAACGUCACAUCCGAUCACAGGAGCUGGAUGGUCCACGACUUCCCAGCCUUCUCCAGCUGGAAA